AUGAAAAAGGUGCUGGAUACAAUAAACAAACGGCUGAAAAAUAAAAACUUGCCGCAAUCUUGUACCUUUUUAGAUGAUAAUAAUUAUACAGGUUAUUUAUCAAAAUACGGUUAUAUUGAAAUAGAAGCAUGGGGAGGUGGUGAAGCAGGUCAUGUAAAAAAUGCAGCUCACUCUAUGGAAAGUAGACCAAGAAUGCCAGGAGAUUAUAUCAAAAUUCAAUUAAAAUUUGAUCCUGAAUAUCCUAUAAUUAGAGCUCAAGCUACAGAGGGAGGUAAUGGACUCACAAGUCAUAUAUCCAAUAAGGAUGGUGGACCAACUUUCAUAAAAAUGUGCAAAGACUCUUCAGAAGCAAACUGUAAAGAUUUAAUUACUGUUGCAGGUGGUGGCAAAUAUAGGAUGUACGGCGGAAAGGAGUAUGAGAAGACGAAGAUCCAUAAUAAUUUAGGUAAUUUAAAGAUAUUAGGAAAUCAGACAAUAGUAACAAAUAAUAGUUUUACUGAAGACAAUCAAGUAGCAUAUAUAAAUAUACAAAGGCCCAGGAAAUUAUAA